AUGAGAGACACCAUUCAAAAACUCCAGGGAGAGUUGGGGUCAUCCCAGCGUGUGACUGAUCUCCUUCGAGACAAGCUCCACCACCUAUCUUCCCAGCUCGCGGAUGCGCAAGCACGGAUCAAAGAUUUCGAAGAUACGGAGCGCGGGACGCUGAGUGUUCUUCGCGAUCGCUUGGACGAUAAGCGGAGCUUGGAAGUUUUAUGCAUUGUCGGGACCAAGGUAGAAGACCUGACGGACCGUCUGGCGAAGCACGAACGAGAAAGUAUCGACGCCCUUGCCGAAGCAGCUGGUGUAGAGGCAAGGCUCAUUGCUGUCACUCAUGAAUUGCAGAAUCUGAAAACUUCCUCAUCAGCAAAUCUCCUUGAGCUGCAGGAGCUGAGGGUCAUCAAGAGUGAGUGUACUCACCUACCUUUUGGAUUCACGUCCGCUUACGGGCUUUUGAACAGGGGUCUUUCGAAGUUGCUCGCGUCUCAAGAAGUCAUCAACGACAAGGACAAGGAGAUUAUCGGUUUGAAGGCAGAGGUCAAGGCUCUCGGUGAAUCGAAGGCUGAGUUAAGAGCACUGGUUGCGGAAGCCAAGAAAGCGGUCGCGGAGAAAGACCGCGAGCUCAGAGAUAGGGAUUCUAACAGCUUGAUUGAACAAAAGGUCGUGGACCUGACCUCACAAGUCGUUUCUGCAGAAACGUCGUUGAAGAUAACAAGAGAGUGGCUCGCACUGGCUCAAUCCGAGGCUCGUGAGCGUAAGGAGGAAAGCGACGUCCUCAAGACAAAGGUCGAGAGCCUUGAAGUUGCUCGUACCGAAUGGGAGGGCCUAAAUUCUAAGUUACAAGCACAGAUUCAAGAUCUUAGUACAAGAGAGGCACUGGCUGUACGGACGACCCAACUAGUUCAAGCUGAAAUCAAGCGGGUAACAGCGGAAGCCAAGAAGGCCAGCGAGGAAGCGAAUAAACUAUCGAAUCGCUUCGUCAAGCGAAUCGUCGGUUGGAGAACCGAUUGGAUGAACAAAAUACGGCUCUGGUCUCAGCGAAUGACCUCAACAACGCACUCCAGAUUGGAUGAGCAGACCGCUGCUUUAACGCUAGCCAAGGACCAGAUCACUGCGAAUGAGGCCGGCGUUCAAGAGAUCGUUCACAACCUCAGGACGGAACUCGCCGUUGCCCAUGAGCAGAAACUCGCGCUUGAGCGUGAGACCGCGAACCUCAAAGCCUCCUUCAAUCAACUUACUCGGGAAUCCGCCGCCUCGCUGGCAGCUGCUCAAGUGGACUUUGAGAAGAAGUUGAACAGGCAGGAGAAGGCUAACGAGCGACUUGUUUCGGCGCAAGAAAAACGCGCCGUUGCCGCUGAGAAGGCGGCCACGCUGGCGGAGAAUGACGCUAAAGAAGCAAGAGCGGCGAGGGAGGAACUUGCUGGUAGGCUGGCUUUGGCGGAGAUGUCUGUGAUUGCGAUUGCUGAGGAUGGCGAGGCUGCGGCGACGAGGGAGUCUGGGCAGAUGAAGGUCAUGAAAGCCCGAGCUGAGGAGUUGGAGGCAAGGGUGGGCGAAAUGACGAAGCAUGCGGAAACGCUUUUGAGUCGGUACCAUGAUGCGAACUUGACCGACGCAGAAAAGGACCUGGUGAACCAUGUUAUUCUUCAAACGCAAACGAGUUACGAACAGGACGUCGUUGCUAAGGAUAAUGAGCUUCGAAGACGUGAACACCUCGCAACUGGCCUCCAUAGUCGAAUCCAUUCUUUGGAGGCAGCACUAGCGCAGAUGCUAAAAGAGAAGGCGAAGAGUGCCGGGCCAGACGCGAAGACAUUGUUAAAUUUCAGGAUGUGGCUUCCCUCGAGCCCAAUCGACGAGUCAUUGCAAGCUUUGGCCGAUAAUACAAUGGAGCAAACGAUCGAACCUGUUCCCGACGCAGCGCAGCGCUCUUCACCAGAUCCAGCCCACCUCUCUUUGCCGGCUCCAAGUCCCAAACAACAGGAAGAAAUGAUCAAACCGCCAUCACCCAUCUCGAAACCUCAGCCCAGGGCGACUAAGCAAAAGAAGAAGAAGAGCUUCAAGACCCUUGAGGACGCCGAUUCGGACUAUGAGUAUGACAACAGGGACAACGAUUUAAGCGACUUGUCCGAUCUGGAGCCUUUGUCGCCAGCAGGGAGGUGCAUGAGAAAGCGUGGUCGUUCUGUAUCACCGCCAGCUACUGUGACCGUCGAGGAGCCUGUGAGGACAAAACGAAGAUUGAGGGCCACAGGAGUUCAGAAUCCGGCUGUCGUUACGGCGCCUGCCCCCCCGUCCCCGCAGGAAGAAGUUUCGGUUUCGACUUCCCCAGCUGUUCAGAAGAAGGCCUCCGAUGGGCCUGCCAAGACUCGCCAGAAGAAGCGCAAGUAG